CCCACCAGUAAACAGGCUGGAGCGCCGCUUCGUCCUCGUCUCCGCCACCCUCCCGUCCCGCGCCGUGCCUCCCCUCCACCCACCCAAGCAGCAAGCACGGCAGCCGCCGCCAAGCUACUCCUCGCCAUUGCCCGUCCUGCUCCUGCUCCUCCUCCUCUUCGCAUCAGUUAGCAUCCGAUUCUUUCAUGCCCGGUGGACUGCCGAUCUAAUCCGCCAAUCCGUGACUCCGGCCGGUUCGGGCUCAUCUUUCUCCUUCGUCUCCAUCGCGCGGAGGCUAGAUCUCGGAUGCUGCCGCUGGAGUUGGAAUACGAGGCUCUGGUCAAGCUUAUCUAUCGAAAAGAUUGGGGGUUCAACUCAGCUCCCCAUGCCCGGCGCUAAGCCCGCCCCUGUCGGCCAGGUGUUCGACCAAACUCCCGGGAGAGGGAUCUGUUAUGUUCUUGGCCAAACGACCGCCUUGGUCGUCUCAGAUUAGCCGGUUCUGCGUCCGCCGCGCCAUUUCCUGGAUCAUUUCGUGGAGGAGGGUGUGGUACAGUGGCGGUGGUGAAAAUGCCACACCAGGGACCUCUGGGCGGCUGUCGGAGCUGUUCUGGCCAGUGCGGGUGCACGUCAGUGGCGCUAUUGGGCGUGCUUUGGAACGGGGGAGGUGCUCAGAUUCGGUGGAGCUGGAGCUGGAGAGGCUUCGUGUCGACCUGGAUCCCUUUGUUGUCAACAGGGUGCUCCGGGGUUUGUCAGACUCAGAGACUGCCGUUCGGUUUUACUGGUGGGCAGAGUCUAGGCCGGGAUUUGACCAUACGCAGUUCGCGAUAGCAUACAUUGUGAGCCUGCUGUUUAUAGAUGGUAACUUUUAUCUGCUGUCAGAGUUCCUCGAGAGAGUGAGGAGUCAGGGGGUGGCACUGCAUCGCUCUCUCUAUAGGAUCCUCUUGUCCGGCUAUGUCCGGGCAGGCAAGUUCAAUUCGGUCAUCCAGACUUUUGAUGAGAUGGUUACAUCCGGCUGUCGUGAGUUUGGCGUGGACUACAACAGGUUCAUAGGUGUCAUGGUUAAGAACUGUUGCUUCGAUUUGGUGGACAAGUAUUAUGGCAUGGCACUUGAUAAAGGUUUUUGCUUGACUCCAUUCACUUAUUCAAGAUGGAUAUCUGCACUGUGCCAAUCAGGCAGGAUUGGGCUUGUAGAGGAGCUUCUGGCUGAUAUGGAUAAAUUUGGGUGCUUUCCAGACAUUUGGGCAUGUAAUAUAUAUGUUGACUAUUUGUGUAGACAAAAUAGGUUGCAUGAUGCCUUGAAGAUGGUGGAGAAGAUGGGGAUAAAAGGAACCGAUCCAGAUGUUGUCACAUACACAACAGUUGUUGGUUGUUUAUGUGAUAAUAAGCAGUUCGCAGAAGCAGUCGAGCUUUGGGAAGAAAUGGUGAGGAGGGGCCUUAAGCCUGAUACCAUUGCUUGUGGCGUAUUGAUAUUUGGGUUGUGCAAGAAUGACAAGGUCGAUGAGGCUUUUGAGCUAGCAUUGAGGAUGCUGAGGCUUAAUCUAGAACUCAGUGUAUGUAUUUACAAUGCCCUGAUAAGUGGUUUCUGGAGAUCCGGAAGCAUUGGCAAGGCCUUCAAAAUCAUAUCCUUCAUGCGGAAAAAUGGGUGUGAGCCAGAUGUUGUCACAUAUAAUAUCGUUUUGAAUCAUUACUGUGACACCGGUAUGGUCAAGGAUGCUGAAGACUUGAUGAAGAAGAUGGAAAUGAGUGGGGUAAAUCCUGACCGGUACAGCUAUAAUCAAAUGUUAAAAGGAUUAUGCAAAGCUAAUCAACUGGACAAGGCAUUUGCUUUUGUUGCUGAUCAUAUGGAGGUUGGUGGGUUCUGUGAUAUUGUAUCCUGUAACAUACUGAUUGAUGCAUUUUGCAAGGCAAGAAAGGUAAACUCUGCAUUAAAGCUAUUCAAAGAAAUGAGCUAUAAGGGAAUACAGGCAGAUGCUGUGACAUAUGGAACCCUGAUUAAUGGUCUCUACAGUGUAGGAUAUCACAACUUAGCUGAAGAAACUUUUGAGCAGAUGUCGAAGGCUCAGAUUGUUCCUAAUGUUAAUCUGUACAAUAUUAUGCUCCACAACCUGUGUAAAGCUGGUCAUUUUAAACAAGCUCAGGAAAUUUUCUCGCAGAUGAUUCAAAAGGAAGUAUCGCCAGAUCUUAUUACUUUUAACACACUCAUAUAUUGGCUUGGAAAAAGCUCAAGGGCAAUUGAAGCCCUUGAUCUGUUCAGGGAUAUGAGGACUAGAGGGGUAGAACCUGAUAGCUUGACCUUUAGGUAUUUGAUCAGUGGUCUCCUGGAGGAGGGGAAAGUUACACUGGCUUAUGAGGUAUGGGAAUAUAUGAUGGAGAAUGGUAUCAUUCUUGACAGGGAUGUUUCGGACAGGCUAAUCAAUGUGCUUAAAUCAAAGAACAAGUAGGAGUAACCUUCUGGAGAGCUUUAGCCUCUUCGGGAUCUUUCGCCUGGUUUAUGCUCCCUGAAGCUUCAUAUCAUCAGAGGUCAAAGGCCCGAGUCUCUUCAGUUGCUUCUAAGCUCAUUGCUGUGUUAUUGAACACAGCUUGGCUGAGCGACUUGUUUCAAUGCAUGCAUCAGUGCUGAUGGACCUAACCAGAAAGAAGACCACAAGAGAGACAAUGGGCAAGGCUAGCUUCAGUGAACUAGUGCAAUGUGCUUUAUCAAUAUCAGUAGGUGCCCUGUACUUUGGAGAUGAAGAGUUUUGGCAAUUGCGAACUGGGUUGAAGGUGAAGAGCCUUGAGUUUCAGCAACAGAGUUUGAUAUCCUCCAAAUAGCGAGACCUAAGGAAUUGCUUCGGUGCAACGAGGUUUCCUGCUGAAAAUGUUUGGUCGUACAGAUAAGUAAGACGCUGAUCUGUUGUGCCCAGCUGAACUCAUGGGUGAGGCCAGCAAGGCUUGGGCGGUGGAUAUUGUUUGAUAGGUCGAGGCAAGAGCAAACCAGUGCUAGGACAUAGCUUAUCGUCUGUGGCAAAGCUGCUCGCUGUUGUAAUAUGUACAGGAGAUGAUGCCAGAUCAUUGAAGAUGCUUGUGUUUGUUAUUGAACUGCAGAAGUUUUGAUCUUUAUACGGCCGAGGGGAUUUCAUUCCUCAAUUUUGACAGUGGAAGGAAUUUGUAGUUGGCCAGCAGCUAGCUGCUGAUAAAGAAAAGAAACUGUGUAGGCAGGCUUUACGCCUACUGAUGUUGGAUCUGUUUGUUGUACAGUACUAUAUGUGUUGGGAAACAUGAAGACGAUCGGAACUAAGGUGGUACUAGCUAGUUUGCAUGAAUUCUGAAGCUUUGCUAAA